UCAACUUCGACAACUAUGAGAUACGCGGACUUCAACUCCCAGAAUUCCUCAGCCGGCACACUCUAGUCUAGGAGGUUGAGAAAUGCUGCUUAGAGGGAGCGCUACCCCUUUAAGAAGGCUGUUUCUCGGCUCCUUUUCUUUGCGUCCAUUGGAGCAAAGGCAGCAGCGACGUGUCCCUGUUAUGGCAGCCACAUGCAGCCGGACGGAGAUGCUUUAAAGCUUGGCGACAUGCUUUGACUGAUGCCUUUCAAGAGACCGGCCACUGGUCUUGCUUUCUGUUUGUUCUACUUGAGUUCUUAUUUCACCAACAAGUAUGUCCUAUCUGUCCUGAAAUUCACCUAUCCAACACUUUUUCAAGGGUGGCAGACACUUGUUGGUGGAAUUCUCUUACAUGUUUCCUGGAAAAUCGGCUGGGUUGAGAUUAGCAGCAGUUCAAGGUCUGAAGUAUUAUCAUGGCUUCCAGCUUCUGCACUUUUUGUGGGUAUUAUUUAUUCAGGUUCCAGGGCAUUAUCUAGAUUGCCAAUUCCUAUCUUUCUUACCUUACACAAUGCUGCAGAUGUUAUAUUUUAUGGAGUGGAAGUCUCAGUGCAGAAAGAGCAGAACUCCACCCUAAAAAUCUGCAGAGGGCUGAUUCUUCUGGUGGCCGCAGGAGGGCUGCCUUUCAAUGACCCACAGUUUGAUAUAGAUGGCUAUUUUUGGGCCCUCAUACACCUACUAUGUGUUGGGGCUUACAAAGUAUUUCACAAGUUGUGGAAACCAAAUUCUCUAAGUAUCUCGGAACAACAAUACAUAAACUAUGCAUUCAGUGUGGUGAUGUUGGCUUUUGCAUCCCACCCAACAGGUGAUCUCUUCAGUGCCUUGGAAUUUCCACUUCUGUACUUUUACAUCUUUCAUAGCAGUUGCCUUGCCAGUGGACUUCUGGGAUUUCUUCUGACUUUACAUACUAUGAAACUUAAAAACAGCAUCUCCUCAGGACAGUAUUUAGCUUGGAAUUUCUUAGCGAAGGUUAUCACAGCUGGUCUGUCUCCAUUCUUCUUUGAAAUUGCAGUGAAUGCACCAACUGCCUGCUGGCCCAGUUUCGGCAAAGACAGGACAGAAGAAAUUCUCCAUCUAGAAGAAACUCCAUCAAAGACAAGACAGAAGAAAAAUUCUCCAUCUGGAAGAAAAAACUCCUUCAAUGUUAGAGACAAAUCAGCACCAGGUCCUGAGUAGAAAAGGAGGGGCUGUCCGAUGUCACAGCGUCCCAAAGAAUCGGCCUUCAGGUAGGACCACACCCAUUCUCCAGUGAGGCUGUGGCAUCGUCCAGACAUGAGAUAUACCAAAGCUUUGGCAGUCCUAAGGGCAGGAUGCCAAAAGGCCUGGAGCGGCCCCAGCACGAUGCACCUGCUGCAAGACUCUCAUUCCAAAGGAUGCUUCCACAGAAGCAAAAACAUCCAAUUUAUAAUGCCGGAUGAAAGGCGAAGGAGUAGACCAGGUGGCCGCCCAGCAGACCUCCUCAAAGGAGGCCUGCGUGGCUCAGGCUGCAGAUGUAGCCGUGCUCCUAGUGGAGUGGGUAGUGAUGCAUCUGGGAACGGGUAGUGCCUGGGCCUGAUAGGCCGAGGCAAUGCAAGCUCUAAUCCAGCGACCAAUGGUCGAGGAAGAGACCUUAGAAACUAGUGAGUUCAGUAGGAAGGAGACAAAUAAGGCCUCAGAUCUUCUGGAUGGGGCAGUUCUUUUAAUAUAAAUUUUGAGGGCCUUCCGUACAUCUAGUGUGCGCCACCUUCGUUCCAACACAUGAGAUGACCUAGGACAGAAAUUAGGGAGCACUACCUCCUGGGCUCUGUGGAACCAAGAAUUAAUUUUUGGAAUGAAUGAAGGGUGCAGCCUCAAGACUACUUUUUUGGGAUGGAACACACAGAGGUCCUCCCUGAUGGAAAGUGCUGCCAGCUCAGAGAUACAUCGAGCGGACGUUAUGGUGACCAGAAAGGCCACCUUCAUCGUAAGAUACCUGAGGCUGGAGUUUGAAGAGGCUCAAAGGGGGCCUCAGUCAAGGCAUUAAGAACUUUAGUCAGAUCCCAGGUAGAAUAGCAAUGUACAGUUGGGGGCCGUAAAUUACCCACGCCCCAUAAAAAACAUUGAAUGACUGGAAUGCCUUGUUAGGGGCUCCCCUGCAUUACCUGACAAUACCAUGGAGAUAGCCGCCCUGUGUUGUCAGAUGGUGCUAUAAGCCGUGAUCCAGGCUGUCCUCUAGAAACUCGAGCACCUGUGGAACAGAAGCUGAGAGAGGAUUAACCUGGUGCAAGGUGCACCACCUGGAAAAGGUUACCCAGGUGGCGUUGUAAAGUCUGAUUGUGGACCAACUCCUGGACACCUGUAUAAUGUAGAUGACCCUGUCAGAGUAAUUUUCUUGCCUCAGGAGAACCCCUUCAAGUGCCAGGCAGUUGGUUGAAGCCACUGGGUUUCCGGAUGAAGCAGGGCCCCCUAGCUGAGGGAGGUCCUUUCUGAGGGUAUCCUCCAAUGGCUGCUAUGCCAAAAGGCUGACAAGGUCCGCGAACCAGGAUCGACGGAGCCAACGAGGGGCUACUAAGAUGAUCUCUGUCUUGUCUGAGAUGACCUUCCGAAUUAGUGCCGGUAUUAGGGGCAGCGGAGGGAAGGCAUAAUGGAGGCCGGAGGGCCAUGUGAGAUGGAGGGCGUUGGACCCUUCUGCCCUGGGCAUCGGGAACCUCGAAAAGUAGCGAGGUAAUUGGUGGUUCAGGCUCGACGCAAAGAGGUCGAUGUCCGAAGUCUCAAACUUGCUGCAUAUGUCGAGGAAAAUGUCUGGGUGGAGCUGCCAUUCGACACUGUCCACUUGAAUCCUGCUGAGGUAGUCCGCUUGGGUGUUUGAAGUUUGAAAUAUGGGAUAUGCUCUGCUCGUAUGGAGAGGAUGUUCUUCUUGGCCCACCUGCCAAGGCGAAAGGACUCCUUCAUGAGUCGCCUCGAGCAGGUCCCACCCUGGUGAUUGACAUGUGCCUUUACGGCAGCAUUGUCUGUCAAGACCAGCACAUGCUGAUUCUGCAGGAAUGUUUGAAAGUGAUUGAGGGCCAGACGAAUUGCCUUCAACUCCAGCCAGUUGAUUGGAUUGAUGAGGUCUUUGGAAGACCAGAGACCUUGCGCCACUUGGGAGUUGAGGUGCCCCCCUCUGCCAAAGAGGUUGGCGUCCGUCAUAAGAGUGAGUCUCUGGGGUUCCCUGAAGAGACACGCCUUGUCCAGGGAUGUUAUAGAGACCUCCUGACUUGGAGAGGACCCUGACGGUAGUCAGGGUAUGAGACCGUCACACUCGCUGAAAGGGAAGUAAGAACUACUGGAGGUGCUGAGCAUGGAGACGUGCCUAGGAAACGAUCUGCAUGCAUGACACCAUCUUGCCCAGUAAUUUGGACAAGGUGGCUAAGGGAACCGUUGGAUUCUUGUGAAUCUGAGAUAUCAGGUCCCGUAUGUCGGCCCUCCUUUCCAGUGAUAGGUAUACUUCUCCCUGAGCGGGGUCGAUGAUGGCACUCAGAUAGACAAUUCUGGUGACUGGAGUCAGAUGGCUUUUCUUGUAAUUGACCAGAAAACCGUGGUCGAAUAAGUUUGAAUCGUUAGAUGGAGGUCCUCUUGUGCUCUGUUGUAUGACAGUGCCUGGACCAAGAUGUCAUCUAAAUAUGCCUAUAGUCUUACUGGCUUCUGGCGCAGAUGCACCGCUACGGCAGCCAAGAUCUUUGUGAGGCACCGUGGGGCCAAGGCCAGCCCGAAAGUCAGAGCCCUGUAUUGUAGGUGCCUGUCCCAGUAGCAGAAGCGUAGGUAUUUUUAAUGGACUGGCAGAAUAGGAAUAUGGAGGUAGGCCGCCAUGAGGGCUGUCUAUUUAAUUAAUUAAUUAAUUAAUUAAUUAAUUAAUUAAUUUAUAUACCGCUCUUCUCCCGAAGGACUCAGGGCGGUUUACAGCCAUGGUAAAAGUACAAAUCAAAAAGCAUUUAAAAACUAAUUAAAUUAAAAACUGAAAGAAUUAUAAUAAAACUAUAUUAAAACUCCAAUAAAAAACUUCAUUAAGCCAGCCCUGCACGAAGGAACAGGAAGGUCUUUAGCUCGUAAAAGGUCCGGAGAUCAGGAAGUUGAUGUAACCUCGGAGGCAGUUCAUUCCAGACGGCAGAAAGUCGUUGGGAUGAAUCCCUUGCAAUAUGGAAGUUAGGGAACAUAUUUUGAACCUUUGGUAGGCAAUGUGGGUAUUAAGGGAUUUUAAAUCUAGAAUCGCUCUCCACCCUCCCGAACGCUUUGACACAACAAACAGAGUGGAGUAGUAGCCCUGCUUCCACUGGCUUUUUGGAACCACCUCUAUGGCUUGAAUCUGGAGGAGGUGCUGAACAGCCUGUUCCAUAAGCUUUCGCCUGGUCCUGUUGUGGGAGACUGGACACUGUAUGAAGCGGUUCGAGGGUUGGGAGAGGAAUUCUAGGGGAAGUCCAAAUUUGACUACAGUGAGAACCCAAUUGUCUGAGGUUGUGAGUUCCCACCUGUUUGUGAAAAGAGCCAAGCAGCUCCCUAUAGGAGGAUUGGGCGGUGAGUCAUUUGUGGCUGCGGGAUGGUGAUAGCUGGAAUCAUGAAAGGGCUGCUUGGACUGGUGGAACUGCUUGGCCUGUCCCGAAAGGACUGAUGAUCAGAUGGGAGAGCUGGUCCUUGAGAAUAGAACUGCUGGGAAGGACCUCCCUGCGUGUAAGCAUGAAAAGGCUGCUUCCUGUAAAGAAGAGAAGACCUCCUGUUAGCCCACCUAGUGGAAGAAGGAAGGAUUUUGCAUUUAUCUGGGUUUCUAUGAGAAGUGGGUCCAGUGAUUUGCCAAAGAGCUUUCCCCCGGUAUAAGGAGCUGCAGCCAUAUGCCAUUUGGCCUUCAGGUCUGCUGGCCACUGACAGUGCUAUAGCAGUCUGCGGGCUGAAACUGCAGAUGCCAGGGCCCUUGGCGUAUACUUGGCAGCAUUUAAGGUCGCGUCAGCCGAAAACUGGGUAGCAGCGAUAAUUUUGCUGAUGUCUUGAUGAAGAUGAGCCUCGCUGGGGGCUACCCUGGCUUGCAGCUGCUGAAGCCACAGAAUAGAAGUGCAGUUGAAAAAGGAGGCUGAGGAAGCCACCUGGAUAGCCCAGGCUGCGGCCAGGUGAUUCUUUUUGAACAAAAGAUCAAAUUUCUUGUCUUCAGGGCAGAGGCCUUCUGAUGUAUCCCCAGCUACAUAAGAGAAGAGGAUGAGAGAGCUGCAACAGGGCUGUCUACCAGGGGAAUCUGCAACAUCUGGGUGAACCUGGGCACUAGAGAAUAAUUCUUCCUAUCCGCCCCAUUCGCUGUGGGAAUAGCUGCUGGGCUUGACCAUUGCUUUUGCACCACAUUGAUGAAUAACUGUGAGGCCGGAAUAAAGAGCUGCUCUGGUGCAGGCUCAGAAAAAAGCCCUUGUGGCUGGUUGUCGUGUCCCACUCCUCCGCUGACGGCUGGGUCAGGGAAAUCCGAAUCAGGCGUGCCUCUGCAGCUCUGCCAAAGUCCUAGCAAAGUUCUCAAGGCAGGCAGGAGACCAGAAAGUGAUUUCAGCGAGAUAAGGUAGACUUUGCCUGACUCAGAGAAUGCCAGAAAGCAGAUCCUUUAUAUAGGCCAUGGGGUGUGGCUCCAUGACUCAGCACUUAUCCCGGCCUGCCCCUCCCUUCCUUCUGUUGACGCCGUUUAUCAAUUCUCCUGAAGCGAGGGUCACUCCAGUCUCCAGCUGUUGGUAAUUGACCUUCCUCAGGCUCACAUGCUGUGGGGGAGGGGGAGGGGUCUAGUUGCUCCGUUUGCCUGGGCAUGGAGCCAGGCAUGGGGGCUGGAGGCGCUUCUUCUUCCUCAGCCUGUCUGGGCAUGGAGCCAGGGCUGGGGCCGGGAGGCAUGCUAGGACAUUCCUCAGCGUUCGGAAGCAGAUAAGAAGGCCCCGGCUGCAAGUACUUGAACCGGUUUGGAGAAAAAAGCCCUGUAAAGGUGGGUGUGUUUGGGAAUAUCACUUCAUCAUCUGAGAAAUCAGAAUGAUGUUCGUCCUCAAAGGCAAAAACCUCACUGCCUCUGAAAGCUUCAGGUGAAUGAGAGCCGGUCAAGCUAUCUGAAGAAACUCGAACAUGUGCAGACUGUUCUGAGACCACUGAUCUGAAUGAUGAGCCUGGAAUAAAGUUGCCAUGCCAGAGGCAAUGGCCUGGUCAAUAAGAAGCAGCAGACCUUUGGGUAGGUCUCUGAAAGGGUCAGAGGAAGGCCUGAUAACUGAAGGCGAAGCGCUUGCUGAAGCUGCCACUAUUGAUACGCUGGCAGGGUCUGCUGGUACUGAUGGAAUUAAUUGGCAAUCAAAGGGUUUCUGAAUGGGGCCCUGUUCCCCAGGAGGUCAGCAAGGCUGGACUCGUAGAAGUCUCUCCUGCCCCUUCAGGGGACCAAGCCUGUGGCAAUGGAGAUGGAGCAUGACUCUGAGAUUGAUGAGAAGGAGAAGGAUUACUGGUAUGGGAUUAAACUUCCCUUGCAGCCAAUUUUAAGACAGCUUUGGAGACUUGCCUUUCUAAGGACUUAUGUCUCCGUUUGAGGUCUCUGGCCUUUGCCUUAGAAAUAUGCUUGCAGGAAGCCUUCCUGCCAGAGGAGGUCCCAGCCACCUCCCUGUCUGUAGAAUGAUCCGCCAUUUUAGAAAGCUGUACUCACUGCGACCAAGAUGGCACCUGGAGUUAGAUAGGCCUCAAAGGCACAAAGCAGGCCAAAAGGUUGUGGCUGUGCCGGUGAAAAUUGGGCUAGCCAGACACUCGUGAGCAGGGUGGAUGCUGUUUAAGGGGCGGCUUGUCUAGAUCAGACCUAGAUCAUGCCAGCUCCCAGCUCCGAAGGCUGCGCAGUUGAAUCCCAGGCGAGACUGGAAGACUGCUUGCAGGCCGCUUGUGUGCUCUGUGCAACAAGCUGUUUUGUUGCUGCUGCUUCCCGAUCCUCUCAGUGGUGGUAGAGCGGCGAAAACAGUUGAAAAGCCUGCCGCGGUGCUUCAAAGGGCCACCCUACAGCUGAUCCACCACUGUAGGCAGCGGCAGCCAGAAGGCACAAUUCCGGAGCUGCUGCCGGAACGUAGCUGCCCAAGAGAGUUGGUGGUAUAGCUUUGGGAGCUGUCACUGCCUCGUUGGUGGAGUAGAGGGCCCAAAGGGUGCUUGCCAGAGGUGAAAUGGCCGUGGCAAAGCCGCUGAAAAUGGCAGCUGCCUGUGGAGUGAUGCUGGGUGCUGGUAGACUGGUGCGCUCUAAAAUAGAAAGAGGUAGACCGGUACAGCUCUGCUAAGUCUUAGAAGCAAGCCUGGUAGACUGGUACGUUGCUAAAUCCUAGAAGAAAUUCGGUCAAAAAACUCACAGUGACUCUAAAGGAAUCAAACAGAAAUAGGCUGAAAGCCAGAUCUGCUAGAGAUGUUUCUCUCAGGCCGACUGAGUUGAAACUGGGCCUGAGAGGAAGGAACAAGGGGUGUGGUAAAAAAACUAUGACUCAGUCUCUAGGCAGAUCCGACUGUAGCAACCCAUGUCUGGACGAUACCACAGCCUCACUGGAGAACAUGAAAGGUUGUGGGAAGAGGCAAAGGACGUCUAUGUACCAUAUGGUGCCUAACAAUUCCACCUGAAUUUCCCACAUAUGCCUUUUCCCCAUGAAUUGCCACUGCUAUCGAUAGACAAGUAGAUCCUCCAUUGAUGGUUGCUUUAUAACAGGAGGGAGGGUGUACCUUUCAUAUCUCUCUAGUCUAGCCUUUUCUGUCAUUUUAUUUAUUAUCUAUUUAUAUCCCACCUUUAAUAAUUUUUCUAAAUAGCUCAAGGUAGAUAAAUACCCAUUAUUCUAUAAUCUUUCCUACUGUCCUGCAGAAAAAAGGGAGAAGGGAUUCUGUGUUCAUUUCCUUGACUGGUAUUUGCAUGUGGAAGGGGGAAUGAUUCUGAAGAUGGGUGUGCAUGAAGGAAUGGAUAUCCAUCUCCUUCACUGGGAAUGAAGGAGGAACCUAUGAAUUGCUAAGAGGAACCUUCAGAAUACUCAGUCCUGAGGAACAUGAAAAAUAAAUUCAAAAUAACCAUGCCCUGGUUUAAUUGGGGAAGAAAGAAAUCCUGACAGGCUUUAGAUUCUCUUAAUUUACCCAACAACAACAACAACAAUAAUAAUAAUAAUAAUGAGGAGGAGGAGGAGGAGGAAGAGGGGGAGGAGGAAUAUUCCUGGAAUUCCUGCUAUGCUUUUUUUUUUUGACCCUGCUUUCUUCAAGGGCUGAAGACACAAAACAAUUUGCCCAUCAGACCAAGCAAUCAUUGAAUGCUGAGAAAAUAAGCCUUCCAAUACUCCUUCCUUCACCAUCUUGUUGGAACAGAAUGGAACACUUCUCAGGAUGGAACAACAAAUAGAAUUCUCAAAACUUGAAUUCAAUUUUUUCCAUACAAAAUUCUACUUCUAUUUACUCAACUCUUUACCUAUAACCAGGUUGUAUGUGGCUUUAUUAUUGUUACUGUCAAGCAAUUGAAAAUCUUUGCUCAUGACUACAAAUUACCAUCCACCAAGAUCAGAUAUGAAUUCAUAUAUUAGCAUCAGCUCCCAUUCCUUACCCCAGUUCCUGCCAACCUAGCAGUUUGAAAGCAUGCAAAUGCGAGUAAAUAAUUGGGUACCGCUCUGACAGGAAGUUACUAUGUAAUUCUGUACUUUCAUGCUAGCCACAUGAUGACAGAAGCAUCUGUCAGACAACACAGCACCACCCCCUUGAGUUGGUCACAACUGGACAGAAGGACCUGUAAACUUUUAUUAGUAUCUUAACAUCUAACAGUUUUACAAAAUAUUAGGGCUGGUGGGCAGGAAAAAGCAGGGGAUAUACAAUCCCUACCCAAACCACACAAAUGAUAAUUUUGUUAAAUAUAUCUACUACAAAAUUACAUAAACUGUUAACAUAAACAGAAAAGCCAAAGAAUUCUGAUUAUAGUUUUAUAGCAGCUUCAGGAAGCUUUGUAAAAACAGGUUAUGCAUACUGUAAUACAGAAAGUGACUAUAUUACUUCAUUCAUAAUAGAUGCCACAGAUCUAUCACCAAGUGGCUGUUCUUUCAAUUGAAAAUAAAACAACUGUAGGAACUUUAGAGGAUCACAGAAAUGAGUAACACUGGUUUACACAGAUUUACUCAUUCAGAUGUAACCUUUUGCCCUCUAUAAAUGUGAACAGAGUGCAUAAAUUCUGUGUAAUUUCAGGUAGAUGUGUUUUAAUGAAACUGCUUGAUGAAAGACAUUAGUUCAGUUCAAAGUGAGUCAGCACACACAGAUAUUCACACGCACAUGCAUGCACAUAUAUGCACACACAAAAGCUUAUAUUCAGGGAGUUGAAGUCCACAAAUCUUAAAGUUCUCAAGAUUAAGAAAUACAUAACAGAUUCACUAUAUCUGAACAACAUAAUACAAAUGGUUCAGUGACUGUUUUUAUAAUUAUAUUGAUCAAUUUUAAAGCCAAAUUUGCAACAAAAUCAUGCAGUAAGAGUUCAAGUCAGUUAGGCGGCUACCCAUGUUCCUUCAGUGUUUUCCGUUUCUCCUACUGAAUUAUUUUUCAAGGGUUUUUUCCUUACUAACAAAUAAGCAACUGCUAUCACCCUUGCUAUUUUGAUCCAAUUAUGUGCCAUCAUGUUGGUGUUGAUUCUUAUUGACUACAUAGUCAAUAACAUUUUCUUAAUGAAAUUUUAGAAGAGAUAUUCUCCAAUGUCUCAUGAAGACAUGCAAGCCACAGGCAUAUGCUAUGCUGUAGACCUAAAUAGCAGUGAAAUGCAAAACUGCGGACCACACAAAGAACAAGAUUUUCCAAUCUCUCUCAUAUAUCAGAUCCCUCUUCUAAGAUACUGCCCUAUGCAAUAUCUGCAAUUAGUGAUAUACAAAAAAUGCUUGAUCAAAUCUGAUCAAUAUAGCAAAUGCAGCAGAUACAAAACAAGUUUCUGAAAUCACAUUAAUAAUCAGAGUCAAAGUUGUACUUAGUUUUAAGUUCCUUCAAAGUACAGUACAGCUUCAUCGAUAAGCCCUUACUCCUCCCUGACCCGAGGAUUUUGAUUAUGCAGUGUAAGCUACAUAUUCUAAUUGGUUACCUAAAUCUAUGAGAAGAAUUUCCAUUGGGAUUUCCUUAAAACCAGGUCCUGGUUUAUACAAUAAUUUUAUAGACUUAAAAAAAUAAACCAAUUACUUUAUGUUGUGACUGAUAUUGAGAUGAGAAUUUAAACAAAAACAGUAAGGAUCACAGUGCAAAAAUAACUACAUCAAGUUACCAAAUAAUAAAUCAGGCCACAUCAUUUAGUUUUAAGGAAUUGUGGCCUGCAUACAUUGGAAUUUGGUUGAACAAAUAAAACUACAAGACACUCAA